CGGUUGUUUUUAGCGGAUAUUCGAAACAGCAGUAGACUUGCCAACGUAGAGCAGUUCUGAAGAGAGAAGUAAAUGGGGAAAUUGAAAUAGAAAUAAAGAAACAGUGAAUCGAGAGAGAGUGAGAAUUACAACGAAGAGAUUAAGCCAGAAGAGAGAGAGAGAGCAAAUAAAAAGUCUCAUUGAAAUGUAAUGAAAAUAAAGUGCAACAACAUACGGUGAGCGUGAUUGAUGAGUUGUACUAUUGCACUUGUGGAGUAAAUAUUUACAAAAGAGUGCGAGAGAGAGAGUGAAUUUAAAGAGAGCGCCAUUGUCAUUGCGGACAGUGAGUAAUGAAUGGAAUAACAUGUACAUAAAUAUGUAAAUGUGUAAGUGCAGUCCAAACGAGACAAAAUCGAAACAAAAACAACAUAAUUAAAAUACAAAACAACGACAACAAGAAAAAAGAAAACAAAAACAAUAGCAAGCUCAGUGGUAUACAGCAACAGUAUAUAAAGUGCAAACUGCCUGCCACCCACAUGCAAACAUUGAUGCACGGCCACAGCCAAAAGUUAAGUACAUAACUUUUUUUGUGGACCUUUGUACGUGUGUAUGUGUGUGUAUAUAUAAGCCAACCAUAACUCCUACAUCAAAAUACACCGUUACGGAGAACACACUUGUAUACGUAGAUAUAUUGUUGUGCUGCUAUAUGCAUUUUCUGCCAUUUAUGUUUGUGCGAACAUUUUCCAGAGAUAGGAUAAAAACAACAACACCAACUGCGGAUAAGGAUGUUGUGCUAAAGGCGGCUCAGAAAGCAAGCAACAUUUUGCGCUCUUUCGUCGGGAUAACGUUGAAGUGAACGGUUGGUUGUUUGUUGACAAUUAAAAAAAAUUGUUCGGAAAGUGUGAAAUACAUCAUUUAGAAAUAAAAAAAAAAAAUAAAAGAAGAAAAUAAUAAAUUGCUUAAAAAGUGAAAAAUAAUAAAAAAUAUCAAAAAGAAAUGUUGUAAAAAAUCUCAAAAAAUAAAUUGAAGAAUAUAUAUCAAAUAAAAUAUAUCAAGCAAAAAUUUUGGAUAUUGGUGUUAAUGAUUAUGUGCUACGACUAAAGUAGAAUAAAAAAUCACCGGAUAAAAUACUCAUCAGAAAACAAGGUGUCGCUUUUAAAGCCAAAUUCAUUGUCACAGGAGAAUCAGCAUAACAAUAUUCCCCGCUGGCCAGAAUAUGUAUGUUUUUACAUGUUUGCUAACAAAAAUCCACAGAUAGCCCAAGUGACAUAGAAAUUAAUAUUUCAUGGAAAAUCUAAUAAAAACUCAAAUGAAUAUCACCGUUCUGACAAACAUGAAAAUUAAAUCAAUGUUUUGUCAGACUAGGGGCGAAUAAAUGAAUGGCUGAAUGAACGGAAUUCUCGCUGAGACCAUGAAUAGCAGCGAAACGCUAAAAAAUGCUUACCAACUUGAGCACUGAAGCCACUGGUGGUCGCUGUUGAUUACAUCGUAUCUGCAACCAGUCACACCUACGAAUGCAGGCCAGCCAGCCAUCAGCCAUUCGACGAAUCACAGCGUGCUAACUGAUGCUUAAACAGUGAUCAAUAAUAAAAUAAAUAAAUCAACAGCAUAAAUUUUUUGCAAAAUCAGUUGGCGUAAAAAAAUCAUUGGAAUCAGCGUUUCAACGAAUGGCGAACAGAAAAAAGCCGAAACGAAGCAACCAAUGAAUGUAAAAACCUGUCAGAAUAUAUGUAUGUAUGCAUGUGUGUGUGUUACAAGCAAAUCCCCAAUCCAUAUCCUUCAGGCCGUGGCAUUUUUCUGUUUUUUGCUGUUUGGCAUCAGCAGGAACAGCAGCAGUUCCAGUAAAUAUCAACAAAGUCAGCAGCUUUUAACGGCAUCAACACCGACAUCAACAACACCAUUAAACUGAGCCUAAUGAAAUUGUAAAUUUAUAACACUUUUUCUCCAUUUAUUUUCAUUUCACGUGAAACGAAGCAAAAACAGCAGCCAAGCCAAGCAAACAACAGCAACAGCAGCAACAAAAAAAAGGACUCACUUAAAAUUGAAAUUGAAUUAACAUAACCCUUAUCAAAAUUCAUGCGCUUGAACAUGUAGGACACGGGACACGCUUGAGUCAAAUCAAUAUUGAACAACGCACUUGCUCUCACAUACACACAGAAACAUACAAACACACACGUAUACAUACACGCGCGCUUAUAACUUGGCUGAAACAAAGCGUAACAAAGUAUAAGAAAGAGCAAAAACUAAUAGAAAUUAUAAAGACCUACGCAGGAUAACGAAGGACGUGUCAUACAACGAACACACCCCGACCCCCCUACACAACUUGUAACAAGGAUAAUAACAAAUAAAACCAACACCACCACCACCACCCCCUCUCAUCUUCAUCGACAUCCUCUCGGCUACAGGAAAACCCACAUCACCAUUAGUCAGAGCAGGGCCAAGGCCAACAACAGGAUCAUUGUCAGCAUUGUAAGCGUUUUCGUUCGGCCCAAAAUGUAAUGGAAUUAAGUGGCAUACACAAAAAAUGGAUUUCGUCGGCCUUUUUAAGGCUGUUUUAUUCCUGUACACAGUCAGAGUUCAAUGGUAUGUCACGGUCAAUGGAUUGGAUUUACAAGGCCCAGUAUUUCUGCACGAGCCGGCGCAUCGCGUGGAAUUCUCAAAUAAUUCCGGAGGUCUCAUUGAGUGUUCCGGCCAUGGCAGUCCGCCACCGGAGGUGGAGUGGACGCCCAUACCACCACAACAGGAUAUGGUGGUGCAAACAACAAAUGGUAGUCUGAUGUUCUAUCCAUUCACAGCGGAAAAGUUUCGUCACGAAGUUCAUUCCAGUGUUUAUAGAUGCAAAUUAAGAAACUUGGUCGGCACAGUUCUUAGCCGCGAGGUCCACGUUAAAGGCGUGGUUAAUCAAAAAUAUACCGUUCAAGUGCACGAUGAAUAUGUGAUGGCUGGCAAUACGGCAGUAUUGAAAUGUCAGGUGCCCAGUUACAUGUCAGAGUUUGUUAUGGUCACCGCUUGGAUACAGGACACAGGGAUGCACCUGUAUCCCAAUACAGACAUAGGUGGCAAAUACACGGUCCUCUCCAAUGGCGAACUGUACAUCAAUAAUGCCGGACCGAAUGAUGCAUACAAAAGUUAUACGUGUCGCACCGUAAAUCGAUUAACUGGUGAAGUCCAAGCCUCCACAUAUCCUGGUCGUAUUAUUGUUACCGAACCCAAAGGCAUGGUACAGCCACGCAUCAAUGUGGAAAAACACUCGAUGCGUCAUGUUGUGCUUAAUGGUCAGACGACAUUACCAUGCAUUGCUCAAGGCCAUCCAGUGCCCACCUACAGAUGGUUUAAAGAGGAAAACGAGCAGCUGUUGCCCCUGCAACUAAGUGAUCGAAUAUCGAUUGUAUCGGCAGGACUUUUGAAAAUAAGUAAGGCACGUCUCGAUGAUACCGGCAAGUAUUUGUGCUGGGUAAACAAUACCGCUGGAGAGGAAACGAUACAAGUCUCGUUAACAGUCACAGCACCGCUGACGGCUCAUCUACAACCCCAAGUACAAACUGUAGAUGUCGAUAAGGAUGCACAGUUCCAAUGCAUUGUAACCGGACAUCCGGUGCACGAUGUUAAUUGGUUGCACGACGGCAAGCCAAUACUGAGAGAUAAUCGGGUGGAGAUUCUUUCAGAUCCCCCACGACUCAUAAUAAAGAAAGUACAAAAAGAUGAUCCUGGCAUGUAUCAGUGUUUUGUAUCGAAUGAAUGGGAACAAAUACAAUCGACGGCUGAGCUGCAACUGGGAGAUGCCUCACCUGAACUACUGUAUUGGUUUUCGGAACAAACACUACAACCGGGACCAACUGUAUCACUAAAAUGUGUGGCAACAGGAAAUCCGUUGCCACAAUUUACAUGGACUUUAGAUGGAUUUCCGAUUCCCGACCAUUCCCGGUUUUUGGUUGGCCAAUAUGUGACGAUACACGACAAUGUCAUCAGUCAUGUGAAUAUUACAAAUGUCAAGGAGGAGGAUGGCGGCGAAUACACCUGUACGGCUCAGAAUGCAAUUGGCAAGGUAUCGCACAGCGCCAAAGUGAAUAUCUAUGGAUUGCCGCACAUUCGUGAAAUGCCAAAAAUAACUGGAAUAUCUGGACAUGAUUUAAUUGUUAAAUGUCCGGUAGCUGGUUAUCCAAUCGAUCGGAUACAUUGGGAAAGAGAUGGCCAAACAUUGCCCAUCAAUCGCCGCCAAAGAGCCUACAAUAAUGGCACUUUAAUCAUUGAACAACUACAAAGACUGGAGGAUGCCGGCACCUAUACCUGCAUGGCCCAAAACAAACAGAAGCAGACAUCCCGACGCAAUGUGGAAAUUCAAGUUUUAGUGCCACCCAAAAUAAUGCCCAUUCAAGCCAUGACAAACAUGCUGAGAGAAGGUAUGCGAGCGGCAAUAUCCUGUCAAAUACUGGAAGGUGAUUUACCUGUUAGCUUCAGGUGGGAGCGGAAUGGAAAACCUUUGAUCGGAACUGGCAACGAAGUCAUACGCCGCUUGGAUGAAUACUCAGCCAGUUUGGUCAUCGAACACAUAACCUCAGAACAUUCGGGUAAUUAUACAUGCAUUGCACAGAAUGUUGCCGGCACGGAACGUUUUACAGUGCCACUCACCGUGAAUGUACCACCCAAAUGGAUAUUGGAACCCAAAGACUCAAGUGCACAGGCUGGAGAUGAUGUCCUAUUGCAUUGCCAGUCAUCGGGUUACCCAAAACCGACGAUAACCUGGAAGAAAGCCAUCGGCCCGACACCGGGCGAAUACAAAGAUUUCAUUUACGAACCCACCGUUCAAUCUUUUCCAAAUGGCUCAAUACUCUUCAAGAAAAUCACCAAAGAAUCUCAGGGACAUUUUUUGUGUGAAGCCAAAAAUUCGAUCGGUUCCGGCGUGAGCAAGGUGAUAUUUCUCAAAGUGAAUGUUCCUGCUCAUUUUCAAACAAAAUCGAAACAAAUCUCCGUUGCCAAAGGCAAACAGGUGCACAUUCAGUGCAACGUCCAGGGUGACAACCCCAUUGACAUUCAUUGGAAAUUGCAAGCCACACAACAGACCAUAGACGAAUCAAUGGACACCAGAUACACGAUACGUGAUCAGAUACUUGACGACGGAAUGGUAUCUGAAUUAGGAAUUACCCAUACCUAUCGCCAGGAUACCGGCAUCUAUGUGUGUCAUGCAACGAAUACCUUUGGAGAGGAUGAAAUGACGAUACAAUUAAUUGUACAGGAAGUUCCCGAACAACCUAAAAAUUUGCGCAUUAAUUCGCAGCAGUCACGAAGUCUACAGCUGACAUGGAGUCAACCGUUCGCUGGCAACAGUCCAAUCGAGGAAUAUCACAUCUUCUAUAAACAAAUAUCGGACAUUUGGCAAAAUGCCGAACAUAUCACCAUUACUGGCUCUCAAACCGUAGUCAACAUUGCCAAUUUGAAACCGGCCAAAGCAUAUCACAUACGUAUGUCAGCAGAAAAUAAAUUAGGUUCAUCAGAAUUCUCUGAAGUAGUACAGGUAACAACACUGGAGGAAGUGCCCUCAGCCCCACCGCUCAACCUAAGGGCCGAGGCAAAAAGCUCCACCGAGAUUAGUGUCGUCUGGGAUGCACCGGAACGCGACCAUUGGAAUGGAAUUUUGUUGGGCUACUAUGUGGGCUAUCAGAUGUCGUUGAUGCCCGAGGCCUUGGAAAUCAAUCCCACAAUGGGUUUUAGUUUCAAAACGGUAGAGGUGCGAUCCCACUAUGGCGGUGAGACAGUUUUAAGUAAUCUCAACAAAUAUACGGAAUAUCACAUAAUCGUACAAGCCUACACGAGCCAAGGCAGUGGUCCACCCACCAAGGAAGUAACAGUACAGACACUGGAGGAUGUUCCCUCCUCACCGCCGGAGAGUCCCCAGUGCGACGUCUUGAGUUCCACAUCAAUUUAUGUAACAUGGUCACCGCCCGACAUUGAUGGUCAAAAUGGCAAAAUUAAAGGCUAUAAAAUAUUUUACAUAUCAUCCGAAGACUUGUAUGAAAAAGAUCCCGAGGUUGUGAAAUCAAAUAAUCAAUAUGCUACACUAGAAGGACUGAGUAAAUAUACCAACUAUUCGGUGUGGGUAUUGGCCUAUACCAAGGUUGGUGAUGGUGUGAAGACCAAGCCGUUCUAUUGUCGCACUCAUGAAGAUGUUCCAUCAGCACCACAGUCCAUAAAGGCCAUACCGGCAUCAAGUACAAAAAUUAUUAUAUCCUGGUUGCCGCCACAAUUUCCCAAUGGCGAUAUCAUCGGCUACACAUUCUACAUGUCAAUGCUGGAAGGUGGGCGCGAAGAGGGCACCCACAAACGUAUCCUUGGGCCCUAUGUCGAAAUGCACGAAACUCAACGUACUCAGGAAUCGGCAACCUAUCAAUUUUGGCUAACGGCAUCGACGAAAGUGGGCGAAGGUGAAAAGACAGACGUGGUCACAGUGCCACCGAAUAACAAGGUACCUGCUCGUAUUGUCUCCUUUAGUCAGCGUGUUGUUACACCAUGGAAAGAGAAUUUAGAGUUGACGUGUCGUAAAGUGGGUUCUCCGGCACCUGUUACCAUUUGGCGGCUAGAUGGUCAUAACUUGGAGACUAAUGCCCGUAAGACGAUUGCCAAAAAUGGAACGCUAAAUAUUCGUGAAGUCCAGUCUACCGAUGCCGGCAACUACACCUGCAGUGUUGAAAAUACCUGGGGCAAAGAUGAAAUUGUUUAUAGCGUUGUGGUCAAGGUACCACCGGAAGCACCAAAUCUCACGGUGAUUAGUGCCUAUUCGGAUAGUUUGUUGUUGGAAUGGUCGGACAAUAGUAAUGGCGGUAGUCCCAUCCUUGGGUAUGUCAUUAACUAUAAGCGGGACAAUGGAGACUGGGAGGAGCUGCAAGUUGAUGCCAAAUCCUAUUCACAUUUACUCAGCAACUUGUGGUGUGGCACCCGGUAUCAGUUGUACAUAACGGCUUUCAAUAAAAUCGGCACCGGCCUGCCCUGUGACAUUGUCAACACCCAUACUAAAGGCAAUCCCCCCGUGCAACCGAAACAUUCGCAGAUGAUAACAAAUAAUUCGACAAGUGUUACCUGUUGGCUGGAUUCCUGGGGUGAUGGUGGUUGUGGUAUUUUAUAUUUUAUGAUUGAGUCGCGGGUUUAUGGGAGAUCCACAUGGACAGUGGUCUCCAAUCAUAUACCCUCAACGGAACGAAUUUACACAGUUAGUGAUUUACAACCCGGCACCAAAUAUCAACUAAAAGUCACCGCUCACAAUAACGCCGGCUCUACAACGGCAUUGUACAAUUUUACAACAUUAUCGUCUCCAGGAAAUGGAUUUGUCUACAAUACCGAUUCAAAUGCCAUGCCCACCAUAACGGAUAGUCCAUUUUAUGCCAACUUCAAAGUUUUGCUGCCAAUUUGCAUUUCACUUUUUAUGCUGCUUGGUUUGGUGGCAGCAGUCCUAAUCAUACGCAAGCGCAAAAUCAGUAAUCAAACCCGUCUGGCGUCAUCAUCGAUGUCGGAGACACCCUCCCUCACCCAAUUGCAGAAUAAGCAGAAUCGUGAUCAGCAAUAUUUGGCAGUGCGUUGUAAUCCCAAUGUGGGUCCACCACGCACCUCCAACUCAAAUGAUUCCGGUAGUUUUGGCAAGGCCGAGGGCAACGAGUACAUUGAAGACAUUUGCCCCUAUGCCACGUUCCAAUUGAACAAACAACCCUACAGUGAGAGUUCGUACAGUGGUAAUGUUUACAGUGGACCCUAUCACUCGGUGAGGGGUUCAUUUGUGUAUCACGAUGUCAAGCCGGAUAGUUAUCAUACCAAAGAACCUGAAUACACUAAAGUUCGACGAAAGGUGGGUCGCCUGCGUGAUCCACAUUCCGAGAGUCAAGAAUCGGAUAAUCCAGGCUCAACAGAUUCCGAAGUUAGGAAAAUCCUAACACUUCACAUACCAAUUACAGAAUAUGACACACUCGGCUCUGAAUCGGACAACGAUGUAUCAGCGAGAGCUAUGAACUCGGCCAAAUAUCGUCCACCGAGAGAGACCCAAGAUGAAUCGUCGUCCUCGUCGGAUGCCACACCAACAAGUUUAAGUCGUAAAUUGAAGCCACCCUAUUCAACGCGUAAGGGCAAUAAAACCGGAACGACGGGCAAGAGGCAUAUUCGUUCGUCGAGUGGUUAUUCGAGUAAUCAUGAUGAGACAACUUUUAGUAUCGCCAACUUCCCACCCAACUAUCAAGAUCACAUAAAUCCUCCUGCUCGAUUUUCAGAUGAGAAAUCCAGCAACAAAUCACAGACAUCGCCGCGGGUGCGUUCCAACAGCAAACUGCAGAGGGAGACAUUUCAGAUAAAUGUCUAAUAGUAACCAAUGGACGUCCACACCCGUCCACCAACACCCCCUUCGACAGAAUAAUGGCUGAAUGAUUUGUUUUGGUAAAAUGAAAUUCCCCACAAAUCGGGCCCCCUGGAUUAUAGGUCACUAAAGACAAUCUUCCUGCUUUUGAAUUAAAUUCAAAUGAGGAAUGAUUUUUGUUCGGCCAAAAACACAGAUGUUUUUGAUUGUCCUUUGUUUACAAACAGAAAUUAUUAAUGUAUUUUGUGUAAAUGUUGAAUAUAUAUAAAGAAAAAAACAAAAACAAAAAUAUCGAUGUAAAAUGUUAUUAACUGCAAGUGACUAUUAUUAACCAAUGUAAUUGAGAUUGUAUAUACAUAUACAUUAAUGAAGGCAUAUACAUAUAGACACAUACACUUACACAUAA